CUCGCUCCGCUCCGCAGGAGGCGUUAAGUGCGAUACGCGCUGGGGACUGGGGAUCAGGACCGAGCCCAAGUGUGCGGAGGGGACGCCGAGGGGGCGGGGCGGCUCGCAGGGUGGGGGCUCGGAGCCGGAUUCGAACCUGCUUUGCCGCAGGGAUGGGCCGGCGGGCUGUGUAGGACGCGUCACCAGCGUGGGACGCUGUGGGUCUGGGGGUCUGGGGCCCCUGCCCUUCACCUGUGGGACUCUGUGGGCACUGAAAUCCAGCUCAUCUAUGCCUGUUUCCUGUAAUGGACAAACUUGACGCUAAUGUGAGUUCCAAGGAGGGCUUUGGGUCAGUGGAGAAGGUCGUGCUGCUCACGUUUCUCUCGGCGGUCAUCCUGAUGGCCAUCCUGGGCAACCUGCUGGUGAUGGUGGCUGUGUGCAGGGAUAGGCAGCUCAGGAAAAUAAAAACCAAUUAUUUCAUUGUAUCUCUUGCCUUUGCUGAUCUGCUGGUUUCAGUGCUGGUGAUGCCCUUUGGGGCCAUUGAGCUGGUUCAAGACAUCUGGAUUUAUGGGGAGAUGUUUUGCCUUGUCCGGACAUCUCUGGACGUCCUGCUUACAACAGCAUCAAUUUUUCACCUGUGCUGCAUUUCUCUGGAUCGGUAUUAUGCCAUCUGCUGCCAGCCUUUGGUUUACAGGAAUAAGAUGACCCCUCUGCGUAUUGCAUUAAUGCUGGGAGGCUGCUGGGUCAUUCCCAUGUUCAUCUCUUUUCUCCCUAUAAUGCAAGGCUGGAAUAACAUUGGAAUAGUUGAUUUGAUAGAAAAAAGGAAGUUCAACCAGAACUCUAACUCUACGUACUGUAUCUUCAUGGUCAACAAGCCCUAUGCUAUCACCUGCUCAGUGGUGGCCUUCUACAUCCCAUUUCUCCUCAUGGUGCUGGCCUAUUAUCGCAUCUAUGUCACCGCUAAGGAGCAUGCUCACCAGAUCCAGAUGUUACAACGGGCAGGAGCCCCCUCAGAGGGCAGGCCCCAGCCAGCUGACCAGCAUAGCACUCAUCGCAUGAGGACAGAGACCAAAGCGGCCAAGACCCUGUGCAUCAUCAUGGGUUGCUUCUGCCUCUGCUGGGCUCCAUUCUUUGUCACCAACAUCGUGGAUCCUUUCAUAGACUACACUGUCCCCGGACAGCUGUGGACUGCUUUUCUCUGGCUUGGCUAUAUCAAUUCUGGGUUGAAUCCUUUUCUCUACGCCUUCUUGAAUAAGUCUUUUAGACGUGCCUUCCUCAUCAUCCUCUGCUGUGAUGAUGAACGCUACCGAAGACCUUCCAUUCUGGGCCAGACUGUCCCCUGUUCAACCACAACCAUUAAUGGAUCCACACAUGUACUAAGGUACACAGUUCUGCACAGUGGACAUCACCAGGAACUUGAGAAACUGCCCAUUCACAAUGACCCAGAGUCCCUUGAAUCGUGCUUCUGAUUGAGGAUGUGGCUCACCACCUUAGCUAUCCAUUCCCAUUCAUGUUUGCAUGAACAGGACAUCCUGGCACCACCAUCAGUGAGGCAUGAGGCACUUGGGCCAGAGGGCUUAUCAAAGGUACAUGGAGGACAGAGUUGGGCUCAACCCGAGGUCAGAGCAUCGAGGAUCUCACAGUCAUGAAGGGACUUCAGGCAUCUUCAGAUCCAGCCUCUCACCCAAAGUGGUUAUAGCACUUUUCAUUGCAUCCCUGAAAGUUAGUCAGUCUCUGCUUGCAUACCCCAAAAGACAAGAGCUCACCACCUUCAAAUGCACACCCUUCUAUUGUCAGGAAGUUUGAAUUGUAAGGUAGCUUUGUUCUUUGCUGGAACACAAGUCUGUUCCUUCUGCAGCUUCUGGCUGGGGCCAAACAUUUGGCUCCCUUCCUCCUGAGAACCCCCUGGUAUUCGAAGACAAUGAUCUGCCACCCACCCAACUCUCUUAUUCUUUUCCCUAAACUAAAAAUCUCCAAUUUCCUCUCUGUUCUGGUCAUCUUCUUCUGGGUGUGCUCUCUUAAUGAAUUAGGAUGAUGUCAAUGCCAAGAAGCAAUGAAGUACUAAAAAAGGAAACAUCAAGAUUCUUGGUUUAUAGCUAUGAGCACUUUUCUUUUUUCUUUUCUUUUUUCCCUCUUGAGGAUAGACUUUGGAGACUCUGCCUAGAUUUUAGUUUUGCCAAAAGGCAUCUUUACAGCCUUGUGUGUGUGUGUGUGUGUGUGUGUGUGUGUGUGUGUGAAGCUGCAAUUUGUUCAGUAGCCUACUGGCAAGAGAAUCAUUUGGUCUUUUUUUUUCCAGCACUGGGGAUCGAACUCAGGACCUUGUGCUUGUGAGGCAGGUGCAGUGCCACUGAGCUCAAUUCCCGGCCCAAGGAUCAUUUGGAGGAAUACUGAUGCAUUUCCCUCCCAUGACCAUGGGGAAAGGACCCUUUCCUGAGAAUGUUCAUUGAGAAUGCUCUUAUAAUGGGAAGUUGGGGAUGGAAACUGAAUUGCUGUUAUGGGAUGCCUGUCGGGGGGCCAUUCAGCGCUUAUACUGAGCAGCACUGUGCCAGGCAGGACUGUUCUCUGCUUUGGGCAAAGACAUAACCACAGACUUUGUUUUGGGGGAAAUGUCAUUGGCCCCUUGCUGUGCAGCUCCUCUUCAUACAUCUCAUUCCCUCUGAUCUCCUAAGAAGAUAAGUCCCAAUAUCAAAGCUAUUAUCACCCAAGUUUAUUUAUUUUGUGCAAAUUAUCCCCCCCCCCAGCUCCAAGUUGAGCCUCUGGGAGCACUUUUUUCUGACAAAAACUCAACUGAAAAGAUGACUUUCUGGUCCUUGGAGUGAAAUAAAGGGAGCUGGAAGAUAAGUGGGGCUCUGAUGCUUGGGCAGCACUCACCACGAGAUAAAGACCUGCCGGAAGUUCAGGCCUCAGCUCUCCUUCCCCUUUUACUUAGUCUGUUGAUCCUGCUUUUUCCUCAGCGAUCUCAGAGGCCACAGUUGCCUCCUUAAUCCCCAUUCCAUCCAUGAGGUCAGGGCCAUCCUUCUUCUUUUCAUCCUCAGGUGUGGUGUGAAGGGACAAUCGGGUCCCAAGGAGAAUGAGAGUGAGCCAGUGUCUGGCGAGUGCCUGAAGUCCCAUGUCCUAGGACAUCCACUGUCCUGGGCACACUAAGGGUGGCUUGUCACCACACAGACAGAACCCUCCCUGUUCUGAGGACCCCUGCUCAGAUUUCACUCCCUUUCUUCUCUUUUUCAUGCAGAAGGCAGAGAAUAAGGACUUUGGAGGCCCAGUGUUCUCCAUGUGCUCUCUGAAUGUAGUCUCUGCUCUCCUCCAAGCAUACAGCACUCCUUAGGGCAGGGCUAAGGCAGAGAUAAAAACCAGGGUACAGUCAGGAGGAAUGUGUUUAGGGUUCUGACGCAGCUGGAAGACUCUGUCUAGUGCCCCAUGUUGAGAGGCUCUACUUUUUAAUUCAGGUAUGUGCCACUCAUGCAUAUUAUAUAUACAGUAGGGUUUCAUCCUAUGAAAUGCUUCUCUUCUCAGGAGCUUAGCAAGCAUACCUGUUUAUAUAAUAUUUUACUUCUCAGUGGCAAAUCUCCCAUACCGAAUGGCAACUCAGUAGAGAUCCAAAGACUAAAGCAUGGGUGGCAAAAUGAAACCUCACCCUCUCCCAGGACUCUUCCUGACUCAGUGGACGUGCUUCUGGGAACUGGGUCAUGAUCAGUGCUUUUAGAGGUUACAGACGCAUUGGACUAGAAAAGGACAGCAAUUCCAGAUAUAGUAACAUUCUUCAUUGUCAAGAGAGCGGUCACCUUUGUGGAAGAGAGGUUCAUAAGCAUGCUUUGCUGUCUCUUUGUACUAGGACUGGAAUGACACUGUGAUAAACCAAACACCCUCAUUGGAGAUUCACGGGACAGGACCAGAUUUGUCCUGUCUGUGCAGCUGCUAGCCUGGUAGUAGUUAAAACUGUGUCUUUCCAAAAUCCAACCUGUGUGUGGAAGACUCAGAAGGAAGAGACUUCUAGCUUUCUAAGGUGGGAGGAAACCGAUACCUUGUCCUCUUACUAAGAAGAUCCUCCUCUUCAACACCAAGCUGGAAGUUUCAAGAAGAGUUGGCCCAGGGCCAAGCGGGGUGUGGGCCCAGCAGCAUCUGCAGAUCAGCUCGGCAAUUGUUGGAGUGAUGGAUGCUGCAGCCAGACUGUGUCCAUACCUGGUCAAGAGGUGAAUCACUGUGCUUCUUCUCCAUCUGCUCCGGCCCAAGGGACUGUCCAGCCCCAAGACUCCCAUUCCAACCCUCACCAUUAGCAGCUAGGAAGCAAGAGAAAUAAACCCACUCCUUCUUUGGACACCCAAGGAUGUGUUUGUAAAAAACCUUUCUUUCUAGGAUUUUACCAACUCACCAACAUCUUCACUUCAUGCUCUUAACUUGCUCUGUCCUGAAGCAAAUUGCUGUCUAGCUGGGGAAUGUGGGUGGGCAUGGGGGGGGGCAGGAGUGAGUUAACUAAUUUGCUUUUAAUAUUGUCAAGUGAAAACAAAAUAAUAAUGUCUUCUUGGUGCUGUGUUGUCUACCCAUUUAUCUCUUUGGUACUAUACUUCUCUUUGGUGAGAGAUCAGAGUUAUUUUUCUCUUUUUCUCUAUUACUCUGCUUUGAUGUGGUAUAAAUCUUUCUUGUAACACUCCACCUAGGAGGAAAACAAAGACUAAUGGAUUUACCUCUCUCCACCAAAAUUCACACUCUGACUUCUACCACUGAGGCUUUUUGGUUUGAAUUGAAGCAAUAUAGGGAUGGAUUUGAAGGCCUGGAUAUGAGACAGCAUGUUGUGUUGGGCCUUAACCAGCAAAUUUGCUUCAUUUGUCUCGUUUACAAAAAAGGGACCACCACUGAGAUACUGGAGUCAUUCAUUGUGAGUGUUCCAGCAUGGGUCACCAUUACUUUUUCCAAAUUUGUGUUCUGCCUAUAGUGUUAGUUACUUAAAAUCUUUACUUAAGUCAAUAUAAGUUUUCAUUUAAGAUAAAUUUUAGAAGGAAACAUCAUAUUGUUGUCCAAAAUAGAAAAUUAAUUUUAUUUACCAUAAAUGGAAAGCAGCCACAGAGAUAAACAAGAACAAAACAAGGUUAUUAAGUUCUAACUCAGCACUUGGUUUCUGUGGAAUGUCAGGAACUAUUAGUGGCACCGGUCACCCCUGUAGGACUCUGUAGCUAAUUGGAAGAGUUUAAAGGAAAUUUAUGGGAGAAAUAAACUUCAGAAGUUCAUAGGAUUUAACUACAAGAAUCAUUUUACACUUCUAGAAACAGAGAGAGAAGGAGAGACUGCUUAAAUUUUGAACAACUGCUAUAGUCGACCUGAUUAUACAUCUCCUUCCUUUCACUUGUUCUUUCAGCUCUUCUCAGAAUGUAUCUUACUUAAUAAAGAUACAGCAACAAUAAAGGAAGCUAACAUUUAAUGAGCUUCUUUCUGCUAGGUACUGUCGUUAAGUGAUGUAUGUGGGUGGAUUAUCUCAUGUAAUUCCACAAGCAGUCUCAUAAAAUUCUCUGAUUAUAAAACAGGUACCAAAAUGACCCCCACUUUACAGAUGAGCAAACUGCUCAGCUGAGAUAUCUGGUGACUGGGCCAAGGUGAAAGACCUGUGAAGUGUGGGUUUGGAAUGCAAAUGAUUCGGAAGACCCAGUCUUCAAUAUGCCCAGUGGUGUUUAGUAUUGAGAUUCUUUUACUUAACAUUCACACGUGGACCCUCUGCAAGGAGAGAACACAUGUUAUCUUUCCUCAUGUUGCCCAGGUAUUGCCCAGGUGUUUUCCCUUCUGCGUCUGUGUGGGACCUGGAGAGAGACUCCAUGCAUGCCCCUUCCAGUCUGAACUCCACCCCUGUCUUGCUCUCUUGUCUUCUUUUCUGAGCCCCAAUCUCCAUAUUUAAAUAAUGAAGGCAUUCAGGUUGAGAUAGAUCAGCAGGAAAGAGGAAAGACCCUUGGUACUGAUCUUGCUCAGUCUUUCUAGUAUUCAGCAACCUUGGUUAGUGAAUAACCAACAACAGACUGUGAGAACCAGAUGUGUGAGCCAAAGAAAGCACAGGCCCAGUGUGUUCCAUCAUGGAAGGCUGCUCAUGCCAGGAGCACCCUCGCAAGAAGACUCUGUGAAUUCUCAGUGUUUCUCGGUGGGAACACUAUUUGGAUGUGAUUUCACCAGUCCCAGUAAGUACUGACUCAACCCUGUAGAAACUUUAGUUUCUCUACCCUUUCACAAGAUCUCUGAGCCUCUUGUGGGGAGGGAUUGUUGAUUUCAUUUUAUAGAAGAAAAAGGCUGCCAGGGAAAGUCAUUUGUCCAAGCACAUACAGCUUCCUUGAAUGGGGCAGAAGGCACCAUGAAAAAUACUUCAGUCCUUCCAUUCAAAAAAAGCGCCUUCUUCUUCCUCUUCUUUAAACUUAUUUUUAAAUAUACAAAUUAUACAUUUUAGGAUAUAUAAAUUAUAGUUUACACAAAUGCAAAACAUUCCCAGUAUAACUUCCAGUUACAUACAUACAGCAAAAUACCCCUUGAGGCUAACUCAGUCCUUCUCUCUUUCCCAGAAAUAAUUGCUCUUGUCACUUGAUUUAUGAUUCAAGAAUUUUUUUCUAGGCAUUAUGUAAAAUGCCUACACAUAAAGACAUAUGGUCUCGUUUUAUUCUUAUAUAUCAAUGAUGCUGUGUAUAAUCUGUAGCUUGCCUUUUCAAAUUACCCUAAACAUCAUUCCCCACCAACACAAAUCAUUGUAUGCAUGUCAUAUUAUAAACAUUGUAUAAUUUGCAAUUUUUACAUUUUAUUAUUAUGUUUUAAUAUUUUAGCUGCAUCUUGUGUCUGUGGGGCAGCCCAGGCCUGACAGAAAACCAUGAGCGUCCAUUUUUGGGGGGAAUGCACUAACCAUGUGAAAUGGUCAGCUCUCUGGAGUGGUUGCAAGUUUCAGGGGCAGCAGCUCUGACCUGGCAGCUCCCCUGUUGAGGAAGGUUCACCCUCACUGGGCCUCACUCACCCUCUACCCACCCUGAGAGACAGACAUUCCCCAAGUUGCGUAAGCUUUGAAAUCAGACUGAUGACAUCCUGCUUCCACUCAUUUUUAGAUGGAUGCUUUUCAGAGUUUAGUCUACUAAACCCUAGCUUACUCCACAGUAAAGUGGGGGACACACUGGUCAUACAGGCCUGAACAUUCCUCUGAGGAGCUACAGAAAACACUUUCAAAAAAGCCAGCAUUCAUACCGUUAUUAUUGCCUUUUUAUGGCCUCACAAUUCUGCUUCCUACCAUCCAGGCUGGGAUUUGAUCUGAGGGACAAAUUAUGGGAAGAUUAAUUCAAAAAAAUCCCCACCUUUUAUAACAAGGAGAAUUAUGGAAGAAAUACUAUGAGGUAUGAUAAAAAUGUAAGGUGAAUAUUUAAAUUUAAAACUUACAGUAAACACACAUUACCAUUAAUUCUCGAAAUAUUCCCCUUUGCUUUGGAAACACUUAUCUCAUCAUUCUUGCCAAUAUCUGAAGCAGUUCUGGACAUUCUUUCAUUACUGUCUUACGAGGUGUGAUGAAAAAUAUGGUGAAUGCUGCUGUCCAGUGUCAUCCAGCAGAAAGGUGGGCUCAUGAAAACAUCAAUGUGUCCUCAUCCACCUUACUCACCACCUCAGGAUCUGUGUGACUUCUGGCUCCUCCCCAAAGUCAGAAUGACUAUGAAAGGUAAACUAUUUGAUGCAGGAUAUGGAAGCAGCCACAGCAGUGCAACUAAAGACAUUCAUGAGAGAGGACUUCCAGAAUUGCUUCAGAAUGUGGCAAGAAUGAUGGGAUAAGUGGGUUCAAAGUGGAAUAUUUUGAGGGGGCUAAGUGGCAGGGUAUCUUUUACUAUACAUUUUAAAAAAUAUAAACAGUGUAUUUUCCAUUAACACCUUGAACCUCCAUUUGCACUGCAUUGUCCAGUUUACUAUAAUUUUGUCACUGUCAUAUUAGUUGUCACCAUCUUCAGAUGAGGGAAUUGAGGCUCCAAGUUAGGGUGAUGUCUCUUGAUCACCCAGCAAUUGUAUGAAGAUGUCAGAAUCUGAACCGAGGUCUUUUGAUUCUAUAUAUGAAGCCAGUCCAACUGUGGUGCCAGCUGUUAUUCGGGGAAAGCAUUAGUCCUACACCUAGCAGCAUGAUAUUCAAGAUUCACUCUGUUAGUGAUGCUAAUGUAGUCAUAAAUUAUCUAUGAAAUAUUUCUAAAGGCCUUUUUAACACAUGGUUGACAAACUUGUGGUCUAACUGAAUGGACAAAUAGGUCGAGAAAGUUCCCUGUGGCAGGUGUAGGCCAACUGGGGCAGAUGUGGUAUGUUCAGCCUUCAGGAUGGUUUCUACUUUAUAAUGUCUGGGAAAAAAGU